AUGGCAGCGAAGCAGAAGGUAUUGCUACUCGGUGCACAUGGCGAGACGGGCGGCGAUAUCCUGAAUGGCUUGCUUGAGGACGGGGGUUUUUCCCAGGAGAUCUCCUGCCUCGUGCAGCCCUCCUCCGCCGAGAAGCCAGCUGUGGAAGCGCUGCAGGCACGCGGCCUUCCCAUCGUCGUCGCUGACAUCUCAGGCGACGUCGAGGAGCUUGCGAAGACGCUGCAGGGCUUCGAUACGGUGAUCAGUGCUAUCCACGCGCUGCACAUUCUGGCUCAGAUCCCGCUCGUCGACGCUGCGGCUAAGGCGGGGGUGAAGAGGUUUGUGCCGUGUGAUUUUGCAGUCACGAUGCCGCCGGGUGUGUCGAAGCUGAGGGAUGAGAAGGAGGUCGUGCAUCAGCGGAUUUGGCAGGCCCACCUCCCCUACACUUUCAUCGACGUCGGCUACUGGCACCAGCUCUCCUGGUUCCGCGUCCCCAGCGGGCGCCUCGAUUACGCCCUGACCUUCGACACGCCCGAAGUCUUUGGUGACGGCAAUACACGCACCCUCCUCUCCGACAAACGCGACAUGGGCCGCUUCGUCGCCCGCAUCAUCAAAGACCCCCGCACGCUAAACCACAGCGUAAUCGCCUGGAGCGACGAAAUCACCCAGAAAGAAAUCAUCCACCUGAUCGAAUCCAAAACAGGUGAAACCGUCUCCGUCUCCACCGUUUCGCCUCAGCAACUCGAGGUAGCAAUUGCAGCCGCGGAGGAGACGCUGAAAACCGAUCCUGAAAACUUGCGUGCCUGGGUGCAGCGCUCGGGCGCGCAUUAUAACCGCGCGAAGUGGAUUCGUGCAGAUGGGACGCUGGAGAAUGCGAAGUAUUUGGGGUAUUUGGAUGCGAGGGAGUUGUAUCCGGACUUCAAGCCGGUUACCUUUGAGAAGUAUAUUGAUGAGCUGGUUGCUGGGGAGGCGAAGAGGCCGUAUAACGAGACGGUGUUUCAGGCGUUGAUGGGGACGAAAGGGGACGGGGAGGAGAGACUCGUUCUGAGGACUGGGUAA